CGAUGCCGUCGACAACCGGCGGCGGGCCGGGGACCAUCCCGCGAGUGGCGUCGUUCUCUCGCUCGUGGCGCACGGCCGGCAUGGGCCGGGACGGCUCGUUCCGGGCCGGCGAUGACGGCGACUUUCCGUCGGACGACUCGAUGGAUGGCGUCCGCGAAGCGCGGUCAGUGACAGGUGACUUUUUGGAACAGCACUGGGCGAACCAAGAGCAGCUUGUGCGCGGGCUCGUGGCCCAGGACCGAACGGACCGGCGGCAUCUGCGGACCGAAGCGCGGAUGUUCUGGCGAUUUCUGUUGCUACUGGGCAUUCCGUUGCCCGUCGGACCAUCGCCGGCGGCUGUCGGCGACUUUGGCGGCAGCCUGCAGCUGCACACCACCGACUCGCGGCCGGGCUUGAACGAAGCGCCUUCGGUCUCGCACUCGAUGCGGACGGUGGUACGGAUGACGCGCAACUCGACUUUACGGUCACCGUCGGCGCUGUUUGGCGACGCUCGUGCGGGCGGCGUCGUCAUCGAGCAGCAGGAGGAGGACGAGGGCGAGAUCGCCAGAGCAGGGAGGCCACCACUGGAGGUGGCGCGCCUGCAUCCUCAUGCAAGCUCCAGCGGCUGUGGCGAAGAGGAAGAUGAAGAGGAGGAGGAGGCGAUGGGUUCCGCGGCUGGCAGCGGGCUGCCACAGCCGCGGCUGGUGGGAGGCUCGCCGUCGCUCUGCUCAGCGCGCGCACUGCCUGUUUUUAUCCUCCGGCUCAUCAUUGUGCUUUCACUCUUCUCGCUUCCCGCGGUGGCGCUUGUGCUUGUGCAAGAGUCGCCGGCGUAUGCUGUGGCAUUUGCACUGCUCUCGCCGGCGCCGUUCCUGGCCUACUUUGGCGUUCUGCGCAACAACCCGACGCCGCGGCUUGCGUUCCUCUUCCGCAAGUGCACCAAGGCCGAAGAGCACCGCGGCAUGCGAGCGAUGAGCCUGACAGCAUCAGUGCGGUUUCUGACGUCGACGCUGACGCGUGACUUUGAGGCGUUCAACCCGCUCUCGCUCGACGAGCUCCGCGUGGAGCUCAACCGAGUGGUCUUCCUUGUCUUUGUGGCGGCGGUUGUCUCGUGCUGGCUCCUCAACUCGAAACUCAUCCGGAUUUUCGACGACGUGUCUGUGGAGCUCCCGACGGGCGCACGGCCUGCGCUGCACCUACUGUUCUCUGCCACGGUUUGUGUGCAAGUGGGCGUUGUGGGCGUGUUUGGCGGCGAGCUCGUGCUGCUUUCGGCAGUGGCGCGGGUGGUCCGCGGGCGGAUUCGGAUUGGGACGCUCCGCGACGUCGAGGUUGCCUCGCUCUACGAGUGGUUUACCCGGGUCCAGCAACUCUGUGCCGAGCACUACGCGUGGAUUGGGCCUUGUCUGGCGGCGUACGCGCUCGCCGGCGGCUACUGGCUGACGACGAUCUGGACGGUCGGGUGCCCCGGGUGCAACGUGCUUGAAUCGAUUUCCGAGUUCAACGUCAUUGUCUACGUCCUUGGCAUUGUCUUUGCGCUCCUCCACAUCUCGGCCCAGUUCUCGGUGUUUAUGCGCGAGAUUCUGUCCGAGAUCCAGCGGCUGGCGACGAUGCGGCGGUCGGUUGGCAUCGACACCUCGCUCCUCGUCUACCAGAACAGCAUUUCCGAGGGCUUUGGCCUCCUCGGCUAUGUGGUGACACCGCGGCUUGCUGGCGGACUCACUAUUGUGGCACUGGUCACGCUCGGCAUUGCGCUCCGGGCGGUGCUUUUGUAAACAAGCGCAGAGGCUUUGGCU